AUGCUCUCCCAUCUCGUCACUGCCGCCUCGCUCUUCACAGCAACAACACUCGCCUUGUGCCCUCCACCUGGCCCCAUUCUCCCACCCCCAUCACUAGCUACUGGUGCCUCAAAUUUUACAAUCCCAAGGGCCGUGUUCCAGAACUUCACUUUUCUGCAAAACACAUCUUUCGCAGUACAAGUCUCGAUUGGCAAUACCACAAUCUUCCAACAUCAACACUCAGCACCUGGUCGCCAAGUGAACCAGCCGUUAUUCGAAACCCAAAUUCGCAUCGCCAGCGCCACCAAGUUCAUCACUGCUCUUGCGCUGGAGCUCAGCAAGGAUGUCCUCAGCCUCGAAGAUCCCAUCACUAAGUCCGUCCCUGGGUUGAGCGAGGACCUAUACGGCGAUGUGACACUAAAAGCCCUGGCAGACCACACCUCUGGCCUUGGUAGAUUUGGAUAUGUAGGCGACUUAGCAUACGGACGCAACGCCCCCCUCCUCGGCCUCCCCAACAUCACCAACACCCUCCCCGGCUGCGACCCCGUACCCGGCGGCCGCGUCUGCACACGCCAACAAGUCCUCGAUAUGUUCAACAACCCAACCUACGCACCGCACUCCCCCAAUUCACGCGCCAUGUACAGCAAUAUCGGCUACAUACUCCUCGGCCACGCCCUCGAAACAGCACACAACACAAGCUACGAGUCCGUCAUCCAAACCCUCAUCCUCGAUCCCGCUGGUAUGACGAAAUCGACAUUCAAAGCACCUACAGAUGACGGCGCAGCUAUACUCCCUCGCCGCCCUGAAGACGCAAGUUGGUUCGUCGCCGACUUUGCGAACUUGAAUCCCACAGGCGGGUUAUGGUCCACGCCCAAAGACAUGCUCAAGCUCCUUCACGCCCUACAAAAUGGCAUCUUGCUGAGUCCCAGCGAGCUCCGCGCCUGGAUGCAACCAACAACCUUCCUACGCUCAACGCAGCAAUACGUCGGUGUGGCAUGGGAAAUCUUCCGCAUCACUGAUCUACCGCUGGAGUUUCCGCGCGCAAUAGAUGUGUAUACGAAAGCUGGGGGCGUGCCAGGAUACGGAUCAUACGUGGCGCUGAUACCAGAGUUUGAUGUAGCGAUCACGGUGAACGCUGCGGGAGGCGAGACGUCAUAUUCGUCGAUUGAGCUGCUGGGCACGUUAGUGUCGGCGGUAGUGCCGUAUGCAGAUGCACUGGCUCGGGAGCAAGCUGCAAAGAAAUAUGCGGGGACAUACAAGUCUGCUACCUCGAAUGAUACUGUUGUCCUGUCUGCUGCGUCUGGCCCGGGCCUUUCGAUUGAUGCGCUGACAGUUAAUAAUGUGCCUGUUCUUCGGGCAUUGGCUGCGGGGCAGGGAAUUCGGAUUGACAAUUUUAGUCCGAGGUUGUAUCCUACUGAUCCGGAUUCUUUGGGUACAGAAGCGGAGAGUUGGAGGAUGUUGUUGGAUCAAAAGACGCCGGUGAAGAAGCUGUGGGGUGGGCUUGAGUGUAUGAGUUGGAACUUGGGGGAUCCGGCGAGGUAUGUUGGGGAGCCGCUUGAUACUUUUGUAUUUCAUGUGGAACAUGAGAAGGUUGUUAGUGUUGAGUUGCGUGGUUGGAGGGUGAAGCUCGACAAGGUUGAUUAA